AUCUUCGGCAUGGGUCCAUUACAAUAGAUUACUGCAUAUCAUGUCUGAUUCAGCAACCUAUCAUGGGCUACAGAUGCCAAACUUGAAAUAUUUGCAAAGCUGGCUAGCUACUUUAUCCAAUGGCUAGAGAUUAUUUUAAUACAAGCAUAAAGAGAUCUUGCCGCUAUAAAUUUAUACCUAAGGACCUUAGUGUUCUCAUGUAUCUAGAUGCAGUGAGACAUCCACAUGAUCUCAACUCUGAGUCUCUAAAAUGAUUACCAUGGCACAAGAUCGGUAUGCCCAGCUCCUAAACCACCCAGAUACAUCGCGUAGUGCAUGGCCUAAGAUACAGAGCGUGGCGCAUCAUCUGAGAAGUCGACCAGAUUUUGCACAGUACUACUCUCCUAAGAUGGUGUCCCUGGGUCCUAUUCACCACGGCGAACACCACCUCAAGUUAGGAGAGCAGUACAAGCUUUCAUGGGCAAAGAUGUACGUGGGUGAUCGAAAUAAGGCCCGAAGUCUGCAUGAAAAGAUUGUUGUGAAUAUCAAGGAUCUGAAGGAUCUAUACACUGAUGAGGACGCGGUUCGACGCUUCAACGACGAUGAACUGGCGUGGAUGUUGUUUGUGGAUGGAUGCGCACUGCUUCAGAUCCUGAAGCAUCCAGACAUAUUGAAGGCAGAACCACUCAACGCCAAGGUUGACCAGCUUGCUCUUGUUCGCCAAGACGCGCUCUUGUUAGAGAACCAACUUCCCUUCCAGCUCCUCCGCCUCUUGAGUGAUCUUCCCUCCGACACUGACCUUAUCAAAGACAUGGACUACUUCCUUCUUUGUCAUCAUUUGUCACCAGAAAAGCCCCAGAAUCAAAAUAGAGCCGGAAGUGGGCAUCAUGCGAUUGAUGCUGAUCCUCCACCAGCUGAUCCAGUUCAUCUUCUCGAUGAACUGCGGAGGAAAGUGUUGCGUGAUUUUAAAUCCCCUGAUCCACAGAUCAAAAGUAGCGAUUUGAAAGAGCUGAAAGAAGAAAUCAAAAGGGACGAGAUAACGUACAGGAAUUUGAAAGAGCUGAAAGAAGCAGGGAUUCAGGUGAAAAGAAACAAGUCAAAGGCAAAGCGCCCCAUCGACAUCACUUUCUCUUCUUCCUGUUUCGGCGGAGAACUGAAAUUUCCAGACAUGAUAGUGGACGACACAAUCGCUCCGACAUACCUGAACCUGAUGGCGUACGAGGCGUGCCCAGAUUUUGAGAACAAGUACGAGAUAAGCUCGUAUGUAGAAUUACUGGACUCCUUGAUCGACCACGCGGACGAUGUGAAGGAACUGAGGAAGGCAGGCGUUCUGCGCAACUGCCUUGGAAGUGACGAGGAAGUAGCGGAACUGUUUAACGUCAUAAGCAAAGACUUGGUGGUUCACACCUCCAUAUACACGUCUCUCAGAGCUGAAAUAGAAAAGCAUUAUAAGAAGAAGUGCAAGACGUGGUUCGCUAUGGCUUGUAAUACCUAUUUCAGCAACCCUUGGUCUAUUAUUGCCUUCAUUGCUGCUUCUGCGGCUCUUCUUCUCACUUUCAUCCAAACUUGGUUUGCCGCUUUCCCCUCUCACGGUAAUUCUGGAUGACCACCUCGCAUGGCAAGAAGGACGUACGCUUGCUCCGUCUUUUUGCACUCGUGGCUGGCACUUGGUAUCUAGUAUUCGUAAAAAAUUUAUUGGUGUGUGUGAUAUAUUUAAUAACACAGCUUUUGAUUGGAGUCACUGUAUCCUUUUUUAAUCAUGGGGGUCGAUGCAGGGUCUGCGUUGUAUGGUUUGCAGCGUUACCUCAUUGAUAGAGUCAUUAUUUUUUACGGCGAUUUCGUUGAGUGAAGUAAAGGGGGAAUAAUCAUUUUGGAUUUUCAUUA